GAUGAUCAUCCUCAGCAGGAAAAAAAACAUUAAGGGGUUCCUGAACUACUGCAAAACAAAAUGCCUCAACUCGCUACUAGGCAACAAAAAUGAUGACCCAAUUAAAGACGUCCUUCCGUGGAAAAGGAACGGUUUCCAUUUGGACCAGGGAAAAGGCUCAAACCUAUUCGUGGAACUAGUAAAAGCAUCUCUCCUAAAAUUAACGGGGAAAUACAUAAGAAAUAAAAUAUCAUCGGACACUAACAAAAUAACAUUUGAUACAUCCGGAAGUAGCAACACAAAAUACUCAGAAAAUGUGUAUAAAGAAAUUUUACUAUGUAUGAAUGUGCUGGAGUACCAAGACGAGCAGGUAGAGAAAGAGUUAACAUCCUUACACGAUUAUUUUAAGAACAUAAAAGGUGGAAUAGAUCCAUAUGUCCUUUGUGAAAAUAAAAUAAAAAAUAUCGAUGAACAUAUUUACAACAUCAUCAAAACGGACUACAAUAAUCUGGACGAAUUUAUAACAUAUAUAUAUCUCUAUCAGGGGAAAAAAUUUCGAGUCAUUUUAAGCAUUCUGUUGAAGAACAUACUAUCUUACGUGGAUAAUGUGUCUUCAAAAAAUAAUUUUAAAUUUCGAAACAUCCAACGGAACUAUUCCAAAUCUGUGAAAAUUGCCAAGUCGGCAAACAAUAUUAUUGCAAAAAAAAAACUAGCCAUUAUAAACUCUGCAAGUAAUAAUAUUUCCGAAAAAAAAAUUGGGGAAAAUCAGUGCAGAAUUAUUGCCGCGUCAGAAAUUAUUCACAUGGGAUCUCUCCUACAUGAUGAUGUAAUUGAUGACUCAAAUAACAGAAGGGGAGCUCUUGCAUUACAUAAAAAGUAUGGAAAUAAAAUAUCCAUAUUAUCUGGGGAUUUCCUACUGGCUCGUGCCAGUUCGGUGUUUGCAGGCACUGGGUGCCCCCAAAUAUGCAGACGGUUUGCAUACGUGGUGGAAAGCUUAAUAAAAGGGGAAUUACUACAAACCAAUUUGAAAUUUAAUAACAUUGAAGAUGCGUUAAAAACUUAUUUUAUUAAGACAUAUCAUAAGACCGCUUCUCUUUUUUCCCAUUUGUUUGCCUGCAUAGCAAUACUUUCUUUUAAAAAUGAAAAGAUCAUUGAGCUCUGCUUUAAUUUGGGACUCCAUAUAGGCAUGGCAUUUCAAUUAUAUGAUGAUUAUUUGGAUUACAAGCCAGACAAAAAGACCAACAAACCGAUUCUGAACGAUUUAAACAACAGCAUAAAAACGGCACCGUUUCUAUUUAGCUAUAACUACAACCCCGAUGCUGUACUCUCCUUAAUAAAUAAAAAGACACUCUCAGAUACCGACAUCAGUAACAUCUUAUUUUAUAUUAAUAGCACAAAUAGUCUCAAAAAAAACGAACUCUGUUCUUUGUUACACAUCAAGAGAGCAGCAGACAUUUUGAUCUCCAUAAUCUCCUACUGCAGGACGGACAAAAAUGCCGAAAAGGCGAGUUCGCAAAAAAAGGACAUCAACCAAAGUAGGGAAGCCCUAAUUAACUUAAUACUAAACAUAUUGUCGCGCAGUGCCAAGUG